AUGGUCGAAGAUGCGAACGCUCCACCAAGUCCGCAGUCCAAGGAGCAAUCACCCGAACCCGAGAAGGGAGCCGAAAGUGCUGAGGGAGAUGGUGAAGUGCCCCCCAGUACACAGACAGCACCUGGUCGAGGCCGCGGUCGUGGUCGUGGUGGGAGAACACGCGGUGGAUCUGCGAAAUCGACACCUGUCAAAGCCGCGGAAACUCCGGUUAGUUUCUUAUGA